UCUAUUAUUAUUUUUAAUAUUUGGUUGGCAGUUUUUCAAUUUUUUUCUUUCUUAUAUGCACAUUUCUCGGAUACAGUAAGAGGGAGAGUUUCAUGGGUCAUUGAGCAAAUUAACACACCAUGGACUGGCUCUUACAAAUUUCUUGGGUCUUCAUCAGUGCCAAAUACGCUACUUUUAAUCGUUAUAGAUAGUUCCAAUGGUAAUCACUUGGGCGAAUGUACUUCUGCCUCCAGUGGAAGCACAUGGAAAAAAUUUUCCUGGAUUUUAAGUGAUUCAUCACUAAUUUGUAAUGUAUCGGGUUCAGUCGUAUCAAAAGUUCAAUUCCCAUCUAGCGGAUACGAAAGAACGUUUUCUGUUCGAAUUUUGGCAGAUCGUGGGCCGCGAUGUUUCCGCGAUUUAGCUGUACAGAAUGAGAGACUUGAUGGAUGUCCUCCUACUUUAAGAAGAAAUGUAUUCCAGCAAAUGGCAUUUGUUUGCAAAUGUCCUAGUGUUCUUGGAAUUAUGGAUAGAAAUUCGCUGGACAGUGCUAUAACUGAUCCGACAUUUUAUUCAUUUGGCACAGACCUAUCGAUAAGACUUUGUAGACUUUCAUUUUCUAUUUUAUAUUGCAGUGGUAGCGUUUGUGAUGAUUACGGUCCAAAUGCAUUAUGUAUCGUUGACGAAGAAAAUUACUUUCUGUCACCAGAAAUAAUAAACAAUGCUUCUUACAAGUGUUUUUGCCCCAAUGAAAACAAUGGUACUUUUUUGUUAGUUUCGCGUAAUGGACAAAUCAUUUAUAAACAAAGUUUUGGAUUAAUUAGUGUAUUUUUAGAAUUGCUGGAAUGUUCACUAUUUACGACACUGACUACGGCAACAUUACAAAUAAGUUCUAACCACAUCAUUCAAUUAUCCACUACCGUUAAGCAGCCUGAAUUCUCUUUUAUUGGAAAUAUAUCAGCUGCACCUGGAAAUGAUAGUUUUAAUUCAUUUAGCUCAACAUCAACAAAGCACAAGUUUAUGGGACAUUACAGAAAUAAUUUUUCAGUGUUGAUUGUAGUGGUUGCUGUAGCGAGUAUUUUUGGAGUUCGAUACGUAAAAAGAAGUCGGAAAUUGCAUGGGAAAUAUAAUCCGGCAAAAGAAGAAAAUGCUUUCGCCUCAGGAUAUUCUAUACCUAUGACCAGUGUUGUGAAAGAGGAACGACUCAUUUGA